AUGGACGCUGACGAUCAGCUGUAUCCAAUUGCUAUUCUUAUUGACGAGCUCAAGUCGGAUGAUGUCACCCUCCGCCUGAACUCCAUACACCGUCUUUCUACCAUUGCGCUCGCGCUGGGCCCUGAGCGGGCUCGCGAUGAGCUGAUCCCCUUCCUGCACGAGUCGCUGGACGACGAGGACGAAGUGCUACUGGCGCUGGCAGAGGAGCUUGGUGCUGGAUUCGUUGAGUACCUGGGUGGUGCGCAGUACGCGCAUCUCCUGCUGGCCCCACUCGAAAACCUUGCCACCGUCGAAGAGACGGUCGUUCGUGAGAAGGCGUGCGAUUCGAUUAACCAGCUUGCUGCACUGAUGAAUGAAACGCAGGUGCAGGAGGCCUACCUGCCGCUGCUCAAGCGCCUGGCGUCGGGCGAAUGGUUCACGUCCCGUACGAGUGCCGCUUUGCUCUUCGCCUCGGUGUAUGAAAAGGUGCCCGCUGCGAUGCGGCCCGAAGUCCAUGCCCUGUUUGCAGCACUGUGCACCGACGAUACACCCAUGGUCCGUCGUGCAGCUGCGCGCGAUAUGAGUGCGCUCAUCAGGCACAUGCCGAAAGAGGCCGUGAUUCACGAUAUGCUCCCGCUCUACAAACGCCUGUCGACGGAUGACCAGGACUCGGUUCGUCUUCUUACGGUGCAGGACCUUGUGACCAUGGUGGAAGCGCUGAGCCCUGCCGAGACACAGCAGCUACUGCUUCCUUCUAUCUCGAGUGUGUUCCAGGACAAGAGCUGGCGUGUGCGCUACAUGGCCGCUGACAACUUUGUCAAACUGGCGGCUACGGUGGGCGAGAACGUGCUGCAUGAGGAGCUCGUGCCUGCCUUUGUCAACCUUGUGCGUGAUGCCGAGGCUGAGGUACGUACUGCUGCGGCCGGCCAGACACCCGGCCUCGCGAAGCUGCUGGACCAGACCACGAUCAUUGAGCGUUUGCUGCCCGUGGUCAAGGAGCUCGCAGACGACCAGUCGCAGCAUGUUCGUGGUGCCUUUGCAGCGCAGGUAAGUGCACUGGCGCCCUUGCUUGGUAAGGAGGCGACGACGGAGCAGCUCCUCCCGCUGUUCCUGCAGCUGCUCAAGGACGAGUUCCCAGAGGUGCGUUUGAACAUUAUCUCUCGCCUCGAGCAAGUGAAUGAGGUAAUUGGCAUUGAGCUGCUUUCGCAGUCGCUGCUCCCGGCAAUCAUGACGCUGGCGGAGGACAAGCAGUGGCGCGUGCGACAGGCCAUUAUCGAAAACAUCCCGCUUCUCGCGCACCAGCUGGGCGUCAAGUUCUUCGACGAGCAGCUCAGCGGGCUCUGCAUGAGCUGGCUUGGAGAUACCGUGUUCAGCAUCCGCGAGGCUGCGACGAUCAACCUGAAGAAGCUUACUGAGGUGUUUGGUGUGGAAUGGGCACGUCAGUCUAUCAUUCCGAAGGUUCUGCAGAUGAGCACGCACCCGAACUACCUGUACCGCAUGACCACCAUCUUUGCUGUGAUCACUAUGGCUCCUUCUCUUGAUUCGGACACCAUCGUCUCGAGCGUGCUGGGCGCCAUGCUCAGUAUGGUCCAGGAUCCGAUUCCCAAUAUCCGCUUCAAUGUCGCCAAGGCCCUCGAAGUGCUUUCGCGUGAGCUCGCCUCGUCGCCUGCCAAUCGCCGCAUUGUUCAGGACAGAAUCGUCCCUGCGCUUCAGACGCUCCGCGACGACGCCGACGCGGACGUGCAGUAUUACGCCCAGCGCGCGUUGCAGACCGCGCAGAUGUAG